AUGACAUCCGAUGACAUGCUGAGUAGCUCGGAAUCACAAAAGAAGUCAAUGGGACUAAUUCCCAAUCGAGAUGCCCCUGCAAUGGAUGCCAUACAGCAACAAUCCGACCCCAUGCAGAAGGAGCCUGACUUUGAUAGACUAGCACACUUGGCCCGUCCACGGAGCGAGAGCUACUCUGAGUCAAUCGCUGCUUUGAGAGCGUUUCGACAAGAAACAAUGGAUAUAUCUGCGGAACAAAGAACUUCUGACCCAAUGUUCGAAAAGAAGUAUGAUGACGAAGUUGUGCAAGUGGCCCUUCGCAACUAUGAAGCUUUCCACGGCAUGGAACAGGGGACGGCCAGUUGCUAUUUGGUGGGUGGAACUUCUGCCGGAAUUCAUGGGUGGGCAGCAUGUUCCAGCCGUGACGUCCCAUCCGCUCCCUUGGAGAAGGACAGUGCAUUGGCAAUGGGGAAGCAAAGAAUGGCAGCAUCUUCAUAUUCUCCCCCAACAACAAGACACAAAGGAGAUACGGAAGAAAGCCAGAUGAUCAUGAUGGCAAUGUUGGAGUCUGCUGGAGUGUGCCGCUCUCACGGUGGAACUACCGGUAUUGAUGUCGCCUGGCAAAGCGACUACCGCGAAGAAUCAUAUCACUAUGAAGAUGAUGACGACUACAGUGAUGAUGACGAUUGA